CGGAAUUUAGUCAUGAGCCUAACGAUGUGAGGUUGCGCACAGGCAGAACGACCGACGCAUGAAGAAGCGCAACAGGAGUUGAGCGCGCCCAGUCUCUAUUCAACUCUAUCCAAAUACAAUUCUAAAGUUGGUAUUGGGAUGUACGACUUUUCUCUGUUUCCGUGGAUUUGAAUAAACGACGUUUUUAUUUAAUUUUGUUUUCAUCUGCCUUCACUUGUAAUCUCUUCGUGUUGGAAAAGUUGGUAUUUGUUUUACAAAAAUGGAGCGAAAAACGCCGGGCAAUCUUUCUUGCUGUUGGAGCUUUCUUCUCGCGUACUUCUGGUGCUGUAAUCUCACCGAGUGUUACAAUUUGGAUGUAGACCACCCCAUUAGUUUCAGUGGACCAAAUGGAUCUUUAUUUGGAUAUUCUGUAUUGUUACACAAGAACCAGAAAAACACAUGGUUAUUAGUCGGAGCUCCAGUUGCGAACUCAUCUUCCUACCCAGCCGUAAAAAAACCAGGAGCAAUUUAUAAGUGCAGCAUCUCGGACAAGAGAGAAUGUCAACAAAUAUCAACAGGUGUGGACAGUUGUGGGAAGACAUGCUUCUCUGAGAGUGACAACCAGUGGCUCGGAGUCAGCCUGUCCAGACAGCCUCGUGAUGGCCAUGUAUUGGCAUGUGGGCAUCGUUGGAAGAAUGUGUUCUAUUCCAGGAAAGAAAACCAGAACAAGCUGCCUCAUGGUGUCUGUUACAGAUACGAGGCUGACCUCAAACAGUCUCAACCACUCAUCCCAUGCUACAAAGAUCACCAACGGAAGUUUGGUGAGGACUAUGGAUCAUGCCAAGCAGGGAUAUCCAACUUUCUGACUGAGGACUUGAUAAUUAUGGGAGCCCCAGGGACAUCGUACUGGACUGGAUCUGUCCUGGUCUACAACACCUCCAGCAGGGUCCUGUCUGCCUAUGUGGAUGACAGCAGCACUGUCCUCUAUGGCAGUUACCUGGGCUACUCGGUUGGGGCCGGCCACUUCCUCCACCCUGACUCCACAGAGAUUGUAGGCGGUGCGCCCCAGCACGGGCAGACUGGUAAGGCCUACCUAUUCAGAGCUGAAGAAAACAUGCUGAAGAUAAUCAGUGAAGUCAAGGGCAGCAAGCUCGGCUCGUAUUUUGGUGCCAGUGUGUGUGCUGUGGACCUGAAUGGAGAUGGCCUGUCUGAUCUACUGGUAGGAUCUCCCAUGUACAGCACCGUGAGAGAGGAAGGACAAGUCCAUGUCUAUAUAAACCAAGGAGCCGCUAAUAUGAAGGAAGCAGAGUUUCAGUUGGUGGGAAGCAACUCGUAUGCUGCCAGAUUUGGGGAGACCAUAACUGAUCUGGGAGAUAUUGAUGAUGAUGGCUUUGCUGAUGUGGCAGUGGGAGCUCCGCAGGAAGAAGAGCUGCGUGGGGCUAUAUAUAUCUACAAUGGGAGGAAAACAGGGAUCUCUCAGACCUUCUCUCAAAGGAUCACUGGCUCUGUUCUGGGUAAUGAGUUAAAGAUGUUCGGCCAGUCUGUGUCAGGAGGCAUCGAUGUUGAUGAAAACGGUUACCAAGAUGUAGCAGUAGGGGCCUUCCUCUCAGACUCAGCUGUUGUUCUGAGGACUCGUCCAGUAAUAGUGGUAGAAGCCUUCAUGCCCCUGCCUGUCAGUGUGGACCGCUAUGUAGCGCUGUGUUCUGACAACGGUCUUCCUGCUGUCUGUAUCAAUGCUACAGUCUGCUUCAGGGUCCAUGCUCGACACUUCACCUCUUCAAUAGUGCUCCAGUAUAAUCUGACAGCAGACACGCAGCACAAGGAGUCCUUCCCCUCACGUUUCCAUUUCCACGGAAACGGGACGUCCAACACUACAACAGGGCGGGUCAAGACCAGACAUGACCACCUGACCUGCGUCCCCCACCAGGCCUUCAUAAGGAAAGAUGUCCAAGAUAUAUUCACACCCAUCCAUUUUGAGGUUUCGUACACUCUCAGAGAGCACACUGUCCAUAACGGAGGAUCCACUUUCCCUGCUCUGAAACCCAUACUGCAGCAGAGAGGGGGGCACGGUAACCUGGUGGCCAAUAAGACAGAGUUUGCUCGGUACUGUUCAUUGGCCAACUGCUCAACCAAUCUGCAGGUCUCUGCUCAACUGGUGUUACCACAGAGACACAACAACAUGCCGUACUUUGCACUUGGCAAUGGGAAGACCAUCAUGUUGAACACAACCCUGGUGAACACAGGAGAUGAUGCAUUCCUCCCCAGACUCCAGCUUCGAUUCCCCAGUAACCUGCACUACAUCAAAGUGCUUGACGCAGAGGACAAGUUUGUGAGCUGUGACAUUUCAGAGGAGAACAAGACAAUAGUAGGAGUGGAUUGCAGUGUGGGAAACCUAUACCUCAGCUCUGGGGCCAAGGUCAAUAUCAGUUUUCUGUUGGAUGUGAACCAGAGUAGUAGUGUUGGUGACGUUAGCAUCUCCAUCAACGCUAGUGGGGACAAUUAUGAAAACGAGGAUCUUCUGCAUGACAACUCUGCCACUCUGAUGUUACCACUGAGAUAUGGAGUAGAUGUCAACAUUCAUGGGUUUAUGACUCCAACAUCCUUUGUAUUUGGUGACCAGGCACCUAUUCCAGUUGAUUGCUACACAGAGACAUUCAACUACACUUACAAGGUUGUCAAUAUUGGUCCAAGCAAAUCUCUCAACACGAUAGUGGAGAUUGAUAUUCCCAAGAUCCUGUCACCAUAUCCAUACAGAUUACUCCACGUCACAGACUUCCAUACGUCUCUUGGAGAAUGUUCCAUUCGAAACGACUCCAUUGCGGUGGAGGAUGACUGUGAGGUGCCACAGUCCUCUUUCAUCAAAGAACUGGUCUUCUUCUUCUCCAAAACCAGCAAACGCAAAAUGUUCUGUGCCCAUGGUGAUGACCUGUGCCUGACCCUGGAGUGUAGACUAGGAGAUAUGGACGUUGGGAAAGAAGCCACCAUUCACAUGGAAGUGAAGCUGAAUCCUACCGUUCUACAGCUCUCACCUGGACGUCAUGGAGUGAUGCUGAUGGAGAGUACUGGCAUCAUCACAUCACCAAGGGAGGACCCUCAAACCAUCAUCCUACAGAAGAUCCCUAUCGCUCAGGUUGUGUUGGAGGCCCACUUCAGCCAGAAGCCUCAGGCAGCAGUGGAGGUGUUUAUCAUUGUAGUGAGUCUACUGGUGGGUCUCCUGAUCCUGGCCCUGCUCAUCUUCGCCCUCUGGAAGGCUGGUUUCUUUAAAAGGCAGUUUAAGAAGGAGGAUGAGAUCAGGAGGGAUAGCUGGGACUAUGUACCAAAACAUUUGACUAAGACUGAGAGUAGAUCCUAAGAUUGAGAUCAAGACAGAGUGACUGUGUCCUAAUACAGAAUGGUUCUAUACUACAACAUGGACUAAGAGGCACAUUUUGACUGAGAUCAUCCCAACCGAAGGGAAAGAACUGCUGGACCAUUCAAAUUGUGAUGGCUCAGAAUGACAAGGAAAGAAAAAAUGUCAUUUCCCUAAAACAUGCAAGAGGAAAAGGCUGACGAAGUGUAAGUUUAAAAUGUGUUGUCAGCGGGACAACUAUAUUACACUUUACCUCUGGGUCUGGUGCAGUGAGACUAUAAAACAUUGGAGUGUUUACAUUGAAUGUAUGUUAGAACAUGUAAUGUACAUUAGAACAUGGACUAUGUACAUUAGAACAUGUCAUGUACAUUAGAACAUGGACUAUGUACAUUAGAACAUGUCAUGUACAUUAGAACAUGGACUAUGUACAUUAGAACAUGUCAUGUACAUUAGAACAUGGACUAGGUACAUUAGAACAUGUCAUGUACAUUAGAA